AUGAAAAAGAAUUUUUCUUUUCUGAGAAGUCCCAGCAUGGAGGCCAUGGACUCCCCCACCAGUCCUGGGAGCAGUGGUGUGGGAACCAGAAUCCCCCACUAUGAGGACCAGCACAUGGGAGAGAUCCACAAAGCUGCCAGCGUGGGCAACCUGCAGAGAGUGAAGCAAAUCCUAUUGUUCAGGAAAAGUAUUCGGAAUUGUAGGGACAUGAUGAGCAGGACUGCUCUGCACGUGGCCAGUGGCAGUGGCCAUCCAGAAGUGGUGAGACUGCUAGCACGCAGACAUUGCCUAUUGAACCUCUGUGAUAUAGACAACAAAACUGCUCUGAUUCACGCCAUACAAUGUGAGCAAGAAGAAUGUGCCACCAUUCUACUAGACCAUGGUGCCGACCCAAAUGUGACGGACAUCCACGGCAACACUGCUCUCCACUAUGCUAUCCUUGGUACCAACACAGCUAUAGUGGAAAAGCUACUUUCCUGUAUGGCAAAUAUGGAAGCGAGAAACAAGAAGGACUUGACACCACUUUCAUUUGCCAAAAAUGAAAACAAAGAGAAAAUGGUGCAAUUUUUAGUAACUAGAGGUUCAAAAGUUCAUCCAAUGGAAAGCAACCAACAACCAACUUUUGAAAAAAAAGAAAAAAGAGGACCUUUGGAGCCUUCUAAAAGUAACAAUCUUGUAUGUGACAUAUCUGAAGAAGACGCUUUAUGCAGCAAACGUCAAAUUGCUGUCUCAUGUCCUACAUCAGACAAUGCAGUCUUGAAGGUUGAAGAAAAGAAGGAACAGAAAAUUAGUAAGAGGGAAAAGUCAGAAAACAUGUUUGAUGUAGCUGAUGAUGACACUGACAGUCAGAAAAGCAACAGUGAACAAAAUGAUAAGCACCAGUUUCCUAUUGUGCAAAAUGAAGAUUCUAAUAGAUCAACAUUACAGAAAGAAAAAGAGAAGAGACGAAAAGCUGAUCUCUUAUAUCCAAAAAAUACAGCGCACUUAAGGAAAAAAGAAGGGCAGCCCAUGAAAGCUGUUGAAAUGAACCCCAAAGUUGAAAACAAAAUAGGAACACAAGUCAUGGCCCUGAAGACUGUAAGAGGGAAUAAUGUUUCUGAUAGUUAUGAAAAAGAAAAACCUCUGAUACAUGAAAAUUGCAUCUUGAAGGAUGAAAUUGCCAAGCUAACACUGGAACUAGUCUCAGUAAAAAAUCAGAUGCAGGAAUUGGAAAAAAAAUAUUUUGAGGACAUUGUGAUUGUCAAAGAAAAAAAUGACCAUUUUCAAAAGACAAUAACAGAAACACUACUUCAACACAAUGAGCAGUUUGAAGUUCUGAGAGCUGAGCUUACAAAGCUAAGCACUAAACUGGAGGAUGAACAACAAAACAGAGGAAGACUGGAAGCAGAAGGUGACUCAUACAAUUCUAGAAGGGCUACUGUUAUACAGUACCAUGAGCAUUGUCAGACUUCAAAAGGAGAUCUACAAGUUGCUUUCAAGAAAGAGAAAGAAGAAUAUUUUUGUUCCCAGGGCAAAAAGAACUCUGAUAUGUCUGACAUAAAGCAUAGCAUUGAGAUUCUUUCUCAACAACUUUCUAAAUUUGAAAGUAAAUUCAGUCACCUGGAAAUUGAGCUUCGUUCCACAAAAGAUGCUCUCAGAGAUAGGACAUUUGUUUUACAAGGUGGAGAAGGAGACCAAAGCCAAGCACAUAGUCAAAAGAAGGAAAUUGAACACGUGUAUCAACAGGAACAAGGUAAAGUGGAUAAAGACACCGGAAAGCAGGAAUUUUUACAGGAGACCAUACCUCACCUGCAGGGUGAAAAUAAGUUCCUUCAAAAGCAACUGGAUGAGGCUCACCACAAAGCUGAGAAGAAUAUUAAAACCAAAGAUCAGUUGGCAGAUACCAUAAAAAUACUUCAAGCCAACAGUGAAAAGCAAGGUCUUAUGCUGAAGGAAACAUGUAAGGAACUAAUCAAGGAAUGGCAUCUUUUAAAAGAAAACACACAUCAGUAUGAAAAUGAUAAAGCAGAAAGAAAUAAUGUGUGA